AUUUUUUAUAUAAAAUAAUGCAAGAUUUUGUCAGAAUGCCAAAUGCAGGUUACCUUCAUGAUGGACCCUUCGGUAAUGAGCUGAGGAAUGCAGUAAAAAGAAGAGAUAUUUCAGACAAUCAUAAGAAAAUGAAACUGCAGUCAAUAAUUUAGUAAAAUCGAUAAUAUCUCCCCAAUUGAAUCCCCCAUUAACCCUCCCAAGAUGCUGCUAACACCAGAAAAUGAACCUAAAAAGAAAAUAUCGGUCAUCAAGAAAAGUAAAAUCUACACAAAAGCCAGUUCAAAUUACAACUCAAGAUACUCUCCAAUCUCACCAAACUUUCCUAAUGCUCCUUCAAAUAAGGAGGAAGUCACAGAUAAAUAAAAUUAUCAGAAACCAGUCAUCUUGACUCCCAAAAGUGAAGCAAAGAGAACUCAAGGGAGUUAAUUCUCUAUACUACUCUUCCUCCCCAAUGAACAGGAAGAAAUGGGGGAUCGAGAACUCAAGGCUUAUAAUGCCAAAGUCAACCACCAGCGCUAAGUUGUUCAGAAUCAUGCAGAAAUAGAGGGCAGAACAUAAAAUCGCACCAGAGGAUGCCUGAGAUUAUCCCAUCUUCUAAAAUAUAUGGUGGGUUCAAAAGUAAAGCCAAACUGAAUGCAUCCAACUCAGAUAUUUCCCCUCAUAAUUUAAUCCUGAAAGGGAAUAAAUAAAGGAAUUAUUGACUCAAAUAUUUUCAUAACUAAAUCAAACUACAAGUCAUUUGACAACAAGAACAACCUUGAUGAUGUCAAGUUCUGCGACUUCAAUAUCCAAGCCAAACUCUUCAGCGACAAGAACCUUGGAAAGCUCUCUGAUGAAGAAGAUGUUGAAUACACAAUGUCACCGAAAUUAGGUAUCAAGAAAGCAGUCUAUAACCAAGACUCCGCUCAUACUUUUGUGUACCAUUCACGUAAUGAACCAUCUAAGAAAUCUGAUUCUGACUGAUUCAGUACUCAAAAUGCCCGAAAAGGUCAGAAAUAAACCUCCAAAACUAUCGUUAAAGCCUCUGAACAAUGCUUUUAUUACCAAAUAACUUUCAUGAAAAGCACCUUUUAAAUUCCAGAAAAAGUGUGUUGAUAAAAUAACAAGUCAAAGAAGCCAGUCCCAAAAGGAGUCAGAAAGUGGUUCAAACACUUCAGUAAAUUUCCCAGGAAGUCGAUCCUUACUAAGGAAUACGCCUCAGAACAGAUCCACAAGUUGGUUCAGAGAUAUAAAUCAGAAGGUUAGCAAAGAUAGGGUCGCCCUAGUCUAUGAAUUCUUCAGUUUCUAGC